AUGAGGAUGAAUCAGAAACUCAGCUCUAUUCCAGAGAUGAUACUCGGAACGGCGAUAAUUACCAUCCUCAUGUGCGUCAUCCACGUCUACGCCCAAUUCACCACGCAGAGAGGAGGGAAUGGCCCUUCGUCCUCCAGGGUUCUGAUCCUCCAGGAGUCUGGUGAACCUUCCUCCAGGAGUUACGCAAGACUCACGUCCUCCUUCCCUGACGUGAGAUCCUUCAGCAUCUGCUACAGGAUGCAGAUGUACCGUUUCAGGGAGGAGACGACGCUGUUGUCCUACGCUCUGGAUUCCAAGGACGACGUGUUUAGAAUUGACCACCUUGUCAACGAAUUUCGUGUGGCCAUUCACGGGCAGCUGGUCACUUCCAACCUCUCCACGCCAAUCAGAUAUUGGGCCCACUUCUGUCUGACUGUGAACGCUGACAGCAACGAAUGGGCAGUAUAUCUGGAUGGCAAACUUGCUGACAAUGGCCAGUAUCCAGAACCGCUGAAAGAUAUCAAAGGAGGAGGGGUGCUUGUUAUUGGUCAAGAGCAAGACGUGGUCGGUGGAGGCUUUCAAAAGGACCAGAGCUACAGUGGAGAAAUCACUGAAAUCAACAUUUGGAGAUUCAUCAUGAACUCAGACUCCAUCACCAGGCUUUCAAACUGCGACAUCUAUGAAGAAGGUGAUGCCCUGAGCUGGUCUAGACUGUCUUGGCAGCUCUACGGAGAGGUGUCCUGGGCAGGGAGGUCAAGGGAUAUUCUCUGUGCCCCGACUUCGAGACGAGUGACCUUCUUUCCCGAUAGGUUCACUUUGCCUGAUGCCAUUCACCUGUGUGAGACAGUUGGUGGAAACCUGACUGUCCCAGUGUCCUUAGCUGAAAACACCUGGCUGUACGAAGGUACUGUUUCAAGGGCUCCUUAUUGUUCUGGAGGAGUUGGAUCAGCUUACAUGUGGCUGGGAGCACAUGAUAAUAUCAAGGAGGGAGAAUGGGUCUACAUAACCACAGGACUCCCUGUCGCCUGGGAAGGGCCAUGGCGUGGUGGGACACCCAACGGAGGAAACACAGAAAAUUGUCUGGUGAUGCUGUAUGGUGACUUCCCCUCUCGAUGGUCAGACGUAUCCUGCAUCGAUUCUUAUUCCUUUUGCGUCCCCUGCGAGUUUUCCAGGCGUUCGACGCUGUAUUUGCGAGGUCCUGGCGUCUGCAAGACCUCCCCUUUCAACCGUCAGUACAUUCUUCAGGGUGAGAGUGGCGGGAAACCGGCGCUCUCUGGGUACUUCCAUUCAGAGAUCGUCUAUGACCCCAAGGCUGCGAGUUGGAUCAUGAAAUCACUUAAGGUGGCUGGUGCCAUUGCAAAAUGGACCCCAAUUCGAUCUGAUGAGUACCCCUUCGGGAAGAGACCCUGGACUCUAGGCUAUGAUGUCUGCGGUCUCAGGAACGGGGACGUCGUAAACAUGACUCUGUCAGUGUGUGGUGAUGGCCAAUUCACCUGUGCAGAUGGCUCCUGCAUAGACCUAUCCCUGCGCUGUGACCUACGCGAAGACUGUCCGGACUUCAGCGACGAGGCCAAAUGCUCCCUGGUGGAGAUUCCCACCGGCUACCAGAAGAACAUCCCCCCUCCCUCCCCCAGGAGCAACCGAGCACUCCCAGUGAAGUUCUCCAUCAACAUCAUGUCCUUCUCCUCCAUUGUGACGCAAGACCAGACCUUCGGCAUCAGCUUUGAGGUCACGCUGAGCUGGAGGGACAGACGCCUCGAUUUCAUGAACCUAAAGGAAGACAGGAUCCUCAAUUUGUUGAGUCCUGAGACCAUCGACGCCAUCUGGACGCCGAAGGUCUUGUUCAAGAAUGCCCAUAACAAGAUCAUUGCUCACGCAGGGGAGGAUUCGAUGAUUGAAUGUAUCAGAGAAGGGCCACCUUCGAUCGGAGCACCAGAGUUACCUGAAGAAGUGUCCAUAUAUUCCGGAGGAGAGAACAGCCUGGAAAUGAGACAGAUUUAUACCCCGAGGUACAGCUGCAACUUCAACCUGGGGAUGUUCCCAUUUGACAUACAGGUGUGUUCACUGCAUUUCACUCUGAUCUCAGCCACCUCCAGCUUUGUGGCUCUACAAGAAGGGAAGGCACAGUACUCUGGAGAUACUGACCUCAUGGAAUAUAUUGUUGGAAAAGUAUCCCUCACUGGCGGGAAGGAAAACCCGUUCUCCACAAUGAAAGUAGACGUGAGGUUCUCAAGGAAAUACAGCUUCUACAUGCUGACAGUCUUUUUCCCAACAACGUUCAUAGUGAUCAUAGCCUACGGAACAUUCUUCUUCAAAUUCACGACCUUCCAGGCCAAGAUUCUCGUCUCCCUUUCAUCUCUCUUGAUUCUGUCCUCCAUGUUUAUACAGAUGUCAGCCAGCGUCCCAAGGACCUCUUACUCGAAGAUGCUCGAUGUGUGGUUCUUCGUGUGCAUCGUGCUGAAUUUCACCAUCGUCUUGUGCCACAUGCUGAUCGAAUACUCCAUCUACGCGUCGAAUCCAAGUGCCUACAACAACAGCGGAAUGGCCAACGGCAUCAUGAGAGUCCAGCCCCAAAGACCGCUCUCUGUCAAAAACGGCCUAGUCGGUACCGACCCGGAGCCUCUCAACCAGUACCCAAAACUAGGUCAGAACAGCUACCCGCAGGUCAACCACAACGACCUGGGCGCCGCGGGCAACAGAAAACCAGGGGUGCUGCCCAAUCAUAUGCUUCUCAUGAUGGGAGGUCGGAUCUCAUUGCCAGUGACCUUCAUUAUAUUCAACAUUGCCUUCUGGGGGUCAGCUAUGAAAGAUGCGGGCACCACUUAACCAUAACUUCGUAGAGAUAUUUUAACUUUAAGUCCUAAACUAAUCUUGUAAAUAGGGUAAGAUAAGCACAUAUACACUUCAAGAGAAACACCUUUUUUAAAUGUGACGUUGAGGAGAUAAAAAAUAUAUGUAAAAAAAUAAUGGAAUGAGAUGAAUUGUAGAUUACUAUUGCUGUAGUUAUACUUUUUGGGGGUAGUUGUUCAGUGCAAUUGGUUGAAUAGAUCUAAUUGAUCUCACUAACCAGCGAAUAAAAUAAAUUUCUUCUUUCAUAGCCUAUGUAAAGAAUUAGCAUUAAGCUGGAUUCUGUUUCUUAUUUAACAUGACUCAGUCGACUUGUUCAAAUUUGUUGAAAUAUUUAACCCACUGGCGACUGGUUUUUUGCUGGAAUAAAUUAGAGCCAAAUAGAAAAUUAGUCUGGCGCAAUUUUUAAUCCUGGUUUAGGUUCUUACU